AAUCAAGAAACAUAGCAGUCGAGCAAAGCAAGUAAGAAUCAAUGGCAUCAACAAAUGUACUUGUAGAUCUUCUUGAAGCUCAAGCACAUCUCUGGAACCACAUUUUCAGCUACAUAAACUCCAUGGCCUUAAAAUGCGCGCUUCAACUAGGCAUACCCGAGGUCAUCCACAAACACAACCACCCCAUCACACUUCCUCAACUCGCAGAUGCCCUCCUCGUCAACAAACUCAAAUCUCAUGGCCUCUAUCGCCUCAUGCGGAUCCUAGUCCACUCCAACUUCUUCCACUACGAGGGAGAAGCUUACUCUCUCACCACGGCUUCACGUCUUUUACUAAGAGAUAAUCCUCAUAGCCUUGCUCCUUUCGCACUCGUCUUCACCGACCCCAUCAUGAUGGACCCCUUCCAUCACGUGAGUGAAUGGUUUCGAGACGAAUGCCUCUCUCCAUUCGUCACCAGAAAUGGGACGAAUUAUUGGGAGUUUGUGGGAAGUGAUGGCGAAUGGAACCGGUUGUUCAAUGAGGCCAUGACUAGUGAUGGACGGUUCGUGGGAAGCAUGAUUGUUAAAGAAUGCAAACAUGUUUUUGAAGGAUUGAAAUCCGUUGUAGACGUUGCUGGUGGCUCGGGGGCGGUUGUGAAGACUGUCGCGGAAGCUGUUCCGGGCUUGGAGUGCAUUGUGCUGGAGCUUCCACAUGUUGUUGCUGCCAUGGAAGGCUUGUCUGAUCAUGAGAAUGUCAGAUUUGUGAGUGGUGACAUGUUUGAGUUUAUUCCUCCUGCCGAUGCUUGUUUCCUCAAGUGGAUAAUGCACGGAUGGAACGAUGAAAAGUGUGUUAAGAUCCUGGAGAAAUGCAAAGAAGCGGUGAUUGGCAGCGAAAACGUUAAAGGCGGAAAGGUGAUUAUUGUGGAUAUGGUUGUGGAUGUGGAGAAGGAAGAAGAGAAGGGAACUGGAACUCAGCUGUUUAUGGAUAUGGUGAUGAUGGCUCAUUUUACUGGGAAAGAAAGAAGUGAGAAAGAGUGGGCUAAGGUGUUUGAAGCUGCUGGCUUCAAAGAUUAUAAGAUAACUCCUGUUUUGGGAACAAGGUCUGUCAUUGAGGUGUUUCCCUAAUUGUGUUGGGCUAAGGAGAGUAUAUUUUACAAGUUUCGCAUUAAUGUAUUUUUAUCAUAAGGCAUACAUUAAAUAAAGUUAUUGACUAA